UUGACGCAGGUAAUGAUUUUUUUUUCCCUCAGACAGCCAAAGGAUGGAAGGCAAUGCCAUAAAGUGGGUGGGCACAUUCUGACCUUAUCCCUUAAACUAUAAGUGUGGAAACGCUCGUGUCCAUGCGGACUUUUGCGAGACUUUUGCGCGUGCUGAAUAUGCCUCCACCGACAGCAGUGAAAUUACACGUGCUCUUCGCCGUGUCUUUUGCCUGGGCCUACCAUGAAGUACCCAAAUACCGGCACAAGGACCCUGAAACCUCUAAGAUGCUGCUGUGUGACCAGUGUCCACCCGGAACGGCCGUGGAGCGCCACUGCAGCAUGAGGGAGCCCACCAUAUGCGCCCCAUGUCCGGAGAAACGCUUUGCAGAGCAUUGGCACUGGGGAGACAGCUGUCAACACUGCACGUCCGUCUGCAAGGAAAGGCAGAUGGUGAGAAGAGAGUGUAACAGCACCCACGACCGGGUCUGUGAAUGUAUACCAGGGUAUUACCUGGUAGUGGAGUUUUGUGUCCGACACACCACCUGUCCGCCCGGCUAUGGCGUCACCGUGCAGGGGACUCCAGAGAGAGACACUGAAUGUGAGAGGUGUCCUCAGGGUUAUUUCUCCAGCACAUCAUCAUCUACAGAUCCCUGCAUACCCCACAGGGACUGCAGUGAGAUGGGAUUAAAAACCUUCAGAUCAGGCACAGCCACCCAGGACACGCUGUGUGAGGCGGACAGUAAAGAGUCGAGCUUUGACUGCUUCCAUCAGCACAUAGAGUGUAAAAUAGAGAUUACGUUAUGCGAAGAAGCAAUAUUUCAGUUUGUGGCGUCUCCUCCGUUGGCCUCAAUCUCCGUGGAACGUCUCUCCGAGAGUCUUCCAGGACGUAAGGUGGACUGGAAGAACGUUGAGCGGCUGAAGAAAAGCUGCAGUCCUCAGCAUCAGACGCUGCACCUGCUCCGUCUCUGGAGGGAACAAAAUAAAGACCAAGACAAGCUCUUCAGCAUCAUUCAAGGUGUGAACCACUGCGAGAGGAAAGUAUCUCGCUGUGCCAGUGUUAAAAACCUCACUCUGGAAGACCUGUUGAUGCUGAUGGAUAGUUUACCUGGAGAAAAGGUGAGCGAGGAGGACGUACGAACUGUGGUCCGCUCCUGUCCUUCACAACGAUACAUCCUGCAGCUUCUCCACCUGUGGAAGAUGAACAACAGAGGUCAGGACCUGGCCAAGGCUUUAAACAACAGCCUCCGCAAACUCCGCUCGAAAGGCGCCCGUCGACCCCUCAUGAAAACUCUGAAGAGGAUGAGUCGCAUCAUCAGCGCGACGUCCUUACACCGCAUGUACGAAAAGAUGAUCGUCAACAUGAUCCAGGACAGCACGUGCUUUAAAACCAAAACCUUGAAUGACUGAUGAUGCCUUAUGAAAAGACGACUGAACGAGAGUUAUUUAAAUAGAAAGAAGUUGUACAUAAUUUCGCUAAAAGUGGAGAGUUGGGGUUACCGAUUUGUUGUAAAGAUGAUUUCGUUUUUAUAUUGGACUGAAACACUAUAAAAGGCUGAAUCUAUGCUCUAUUGAAGCUGUAAAUAAAGGAUGUUAGUUAUGAAUGUAUAUAACAAUGAAGAGCAGUUAUGUUUUAUUUAACUGUAAUUAUAAUGUUGUCAGGGUUGGUUUUUUUUAUCAAAAUUUGAAAAAGAAAAAAUAUUAUUUAUCAAUUUGUCAAGAAACUGGACUCUAGAA